GCCACGACCGCUGUCCGCCGCAGCUCCCAUAACCCAUAUUUAUAUUUAGGGUUGAGGUUAGAUGACAUUUAUGUUUUGGUUGUUUUUUAUCGGUUGUUUUUUGGUUCCCUCAUUGGUGUCUAUGAAUAUUCACACAACGCAGAACGCUUUUACCUGAGGCAUCAACUCAGGGCAAAUGACUUCUUCGGUGGUGUGCCUGAUAUUUGUUUACGCAGCUGCGGAUGACAGGCAGCUCUGCUGGUGUUCGUACCGGCCCGCUCCCGCUAGUCAGCCACCGCAAGUGACCACUGAGGACGACGGUGGAGAGUAAAGUCUGUGGGCCAGUAAUGCAUUGAGGCCACCAUGGAGACCACCGAGGGCGACCCCCUGAAGGUCGGUGAGGGGGAGGCAGAGACGGGGACCGGGCCGUCGGUAACGGAGCUGAAGAAGAAGAAAAGUUGCAAGGAAGUCUUGGGUUUCUCAAAACUCACCCAUUGGCGAACGGCGGUCUUCUUCUUGUCCUUGUUCCUGUGCCUCACCAUAGUGUUCGCCUUCUCAUUCAUCAUCCCUUGUCCUGUCCGACCACAGUAUCUCAGUACCUGGAACAGGACUUUCUCUGAAGCAGUGACCUAUGACUUCUUAGCUAUUGAAGAUACAAACAACGACAAUGUGAUGGAUGUCCUGUUUGUCCUCAAAAACACAGAAAUCGGUCAGAACAAAACUUGCACUGCAGGCCUUCCCUCGCCGUGUGUGUUUGUGUUGGCGGUGGACGGGACGGAUGGAGAGACCCUGUGGGGCCGCGCGCUGGACCCAGAGUUCCACUGGGCCCAGUGCGGUCUGGAUGCAGAAAAAGGCCGAAGCUGGCACUGCCUGCUGUCCCAUUCUGACCAGCUCACUGCUGUUGACAAAUACACUGGUGAAAUCCAGUGGCAGCAGCCUCAGCCUGCCGGUCUGAACAGCACCGCACCGGUUCUUAUAGUCCCAGAUCUGGAUGGGGACAAGAUCAGCGACGUGGCUCUGGUGGCGUCUGACCUGACGCAGGUAAACACCGGCGGUGUCAGUCGGCUGGCGUUCCUCUCGGGGACGACGGGGGUGCAGAUAGGGACCACGGUGGUUCUUGACUCCAUAGAGACGGUCAAUCAUCUUCUCCAUUGCACAACCGACGGUUCUUACUAUGUGCUAAUAAAAAAAGGCUCUGGCUUGUAUGGACUGGCCCUGUGGAGGAUUGCUGCUAAAGCCGGCAUGGAGGGGAGCCUCCAGAAGGACAAAGACUGGGAGGACGACGCCAACGCAACAUCUGGCCUUGUACCCAUCUAUGAGUCUGAUCCAGUGAGACAAGUGCUCCGAGUAGAACAAACGGGUUGUGCGCCCAAGCUGCUGCUGGUGACUGCAAACAGCGUGGCCUUAGUUGAUGGAAAACAUCGGCAGCUACUGUGGAGAUUCAAUACAAGCGCAAUCCUCACCGAGCCGUCCUUCGGCCACUUUAACAAGGACGAUGUCCUGGACGUCGUGGUCGAGGAGGACAUCGGCAACUACACCAAGAGGGUCAUGAUUCUCGAUGGGAAGUCCGGUGGUUUGCUGUGGGAGGUCAACCUUUUGGCGAGUCCCAACUCGCCCAGACCCGCCGCCAUACACACCAUCAACUCCUUCUCCAUCUUUGUGUUCUGGGGCACGAUGCCCUCACAGGCCAACUCGUCUGAACCGUUUGAAAGUGAUCGCCAUUCUUACCUGCUGCACCCUCUCUACGCUGGAGUCCUCCUUCAGUCGGCCAACGUCAUGGACCACAUCCUAACCUUUCACGCCACUCUGUUGGAGAAGGGACGCCAUGCUGCCUACAUCCUGCUGACGGGUCCCGGCGCGGUGGGAGCCGAAGGCACCGUGGUCCUCAGCAAGCGAAAGAUGAAGCAGGAAGUCCUGGACAGCCGAGUGCUCCACAUCGGUACCGGCGGAAGCGCAGCGACCAGCGAGGAGAUCAAAGACGCCUUCGGUCGCCUCCGCUUCAGCGAUUGGUGAAGAGCGUAGAGUUCAUCCUGCGUGGCGAAACGCGGCCGGCCGCCGUAGUGGCUUCGAAACCAAAGUGUGUACACGAGCUAUGCUUUCAAACUGCUGACCGCCAAAACAUCCUUUUGUGUUUAGAGACUUGGGUUGAGUUGAUUUGACAGAGCUCGUCCAUUAGUCUCCAUCGGGCAUUACCUGCUUCCAGACUUUACUGCUGCGGGAGUUUGAUUUCACUUUGUAUCCAAAAGAGGCACAACAUGUCUGCUCCGUCCUGCUGAUGAGUUCCUGCCAUGCAGUAGCGUUUCUUAGCACUUUCAUGCAUUAAUGCGAUGCUCUUUUGUUUUAUUAGCGGCUGGAUCGUUAUUUGAAUCUACGCAUCUUUGUCGUAUCGGGCUUUGAAAGCAGCCGACGCACAGGUGUUAGUUCAAGUGACGGCAGUCUAAAAGGCACAAUCAUAGGGCUUUUCUUUGGUACUGAAAGACGUACUUGUGGUUACACUAUGCUGAGGCUAAGCUGACACUGUGGUUACAUUUAAUGUUCACGGGAUCCGUUGUUUGUGGUCAAUGUAUCAUCGUUUGUAUCAUCGUUUUCAAUCCAAGAUGCUGUAACUAGUGAUGCUCUUUAAUUCACACUGACUUAACCUUUGAACUCCUUCGUCCCGAAUGCUCUCCUUCAUAUCUAGUUACCUUGUGGGGGUUUUUAUGUUGAUUUGUUUCUGUUUUUGCUGUAAUGUGUUGAACCAAAAAGGCCUUUGUCACAGCUGACGUUUCUGUGAUUUGUUUUGAGCAAUAUUAAACUACUUUAAAAUAUC